CGUGUUGGAAUUUCAAGACGUUCACUCUUGCUCCUUUCUCUUUCUCUAAGACACUUUUCCCUCGUUCUCCUGUCAACGAAAAACAAAAUUUCCAGCGGUAUUAUCAUUUGAGCAAACCCACGUGCAGCAAUUCAAGAUAUUUUAAAGUUUACCGAAACAUAAUAUCUGCAUUACGGCAGUGCAGUUUGCAUCGGACGAAAAAAGCAAGUUAACGAUUCGUUAUCGACCAGCUAUUCGACACGAAACCAUGAAAGUCUUUGUAGUUUUCCUCCUUUACCUAGUUUCGGUCGGCUGUUAUCAGGACACAAAGGAAGAAGGUGGUCAUGCUUCUUUAGACGCGCCUAUGAGCGAAGAGUCUGAUAUCAGUAACACGACACAGCUGACAAGUGAAGAGGAGAAAGAAAAUGACCGAAAGCUCAUGGAACAAUGGACCCGGAUGUUCUUUAACAUGGGUAGAACCCCGCAACAGGGAGAGCAAAUUCUCAUUUUCCCGGGGCUCUUCAACGGUUCGACGACGGUGGAAGUGGCCAAACUGAGGGAGUUUCGCAGUUUCGACAACGAAACGACAACUAAUAACAUUACCGUCCUUCCUGCGUACUUAAUUGAUGGGCAGCCAGAGUUGUCAGAGGUCCCAGCAACUCCAGCGAAUGCGACAUCUCCAAGCUUUAUUGUCCUUUCUAAUGACAGCCGCUUAUUCUUCCACGACGAGGAAUACUUUUUUGAAGAUGUCGAAUCGCAAGACGAGGACCAGAGACAGCGACGACGUCUGCGCUCAGCACGCAACGAAAUGAAUCUUCUGAAUGCUGAUCACGAACAUAUUACUACCAUGAUCACGACCGUAUUCAGUACGGCGAGGAACUACCUGAAUAACGAGACUGUGAGAGCAAAUGUCGUGCAGUAUCUGACGCACAAGAUGCGCUCUUUUGGGCUAGUCACGGGCAAUCAAAUAUUCCACCCCAUAGAAUUCGCCGCAUUGUUUUCAGAAGGGGAUGAAGGAGACGUUCCUAGUGGGACGAAUGUGAUUGGCAUAUUGCCUGGUGAACUUUGGGGAAGUCAAGAAGAUGAAGUCUUAGUUAUUGGAGCCCAUUGGGACACGGUUCCUUUCUCAGGUGGAAUGGAUGAUAACGGGAGUGGGGUCACGGCUGUCUUGGAGGUUGCACGAGCCAUGACAGAAGGUGGUUGUCGCCCCAAGCACAGUGUCAUCUUUGUUGCGUUUGAUUUAGAAGAAGUCGGUUGCUUGGGAAGUAUUUUUUUUGUGCGUGAUUUUUUGAUUCAACAAGUCCUUCAACCGCACGGAGCUAAGCUGAAGGGCGCUUUCAUUCUGGAUACAAUAAUGAAUUAUAAUGAGACCCAGUUUUCACAGACACUGUCACCUGAAUGGCAAUCCGCCCUCCCUUUCUUUUGGGAAGAUAUACAGGCCGAAAACAAUACUGGGGACUUUUUAGCAGUUCUUUACAGAAAAGACGUAGAUGCUUCGUUGGCAGACACUUUGGCUUCCAACUGGAAAAGUGAUGGAAAACCAAACAAAAAGAAAUCUCAAAGAGAUAAUACGGUUGACAGAAAUCCAAGAACGUUUCGAGUUAACAACAAAGAAAUAACAAUAAUGAAAACACAAGAUAAACCAAUAGAGACAGUAAAAUCAAGCAGCAGUAAAUAUCGCUUGAAAAAGGUACAAAUGGACUUGGUAGCUGAGGUGGGAGAAGAGCUUGAGCUUCUGACCGGCUGGAUUGAUCUUUUGCGAAGCGACCACAGUCGAUUUUGGUACCACAACAUCGAGAGCUAUCCCCAUUCCUUUCCAGCGGUACUCAUUACAGAUACAGCACCUUACCGUGGGAUCAUGCAGGAAUGUUAUCAUCAAGAAUGUGACUCAUCAUCUGCGAAUGAGAAUUUGAAAUUUGCCAAUAUUCCAUUCUUGACCAAAACGUGCCAGGCAUUGAUAGAUACCAUGGUGAGCCUAAGUGAAUCAAAGUGCCUAUUCCAGUCUCAACAACAAGAGGGAACUAAGGGUCGGCGACAGGGUGCCAGUAAACAAAAAAUUUCGUCUUAUUCCUCCGGAUCCCGCACAAUAUCUUUUCCUCAAAUUCUUAUUGUCACAAUUGCAUUAUUGUCACUCAAAUGGCAAUUAUGUUAAGAAAGUGCUUGUAGUUCCUGUAUUUUUCCAUUGUAAUUACCAUAUUUAUUCCCAAGCGCCUUGACCCAAAUUAUUUUUCCAGAUUCAAGAUGCCAAAGGGCUCGUAAAGAUUUAUCCGUUUUUAAUCUAACUGUGCAGUGUGCAAUCUUGAAGAAAUGUGACUGUCAGUUUUCUCAUGCGUUUUUCUUUUAUUUCGAUUUUUUAAGUGGUAUUAUAACCGUUACCUUACAUUAAGUAAGCUACUAACUGUUCGUCUGUGAUUUAUAAAGAAUAAAUUAGAUUUGUGGUUCCUAUAA